GGCCCAGAUCCUCCAUCACAUUCCAUCAGACUGAACCGUUGGAUCAUGAUGGUGAUUGAUGUCAAUGGUCAAACACGUCAAACAAUGUCUCACGCAUGCACUUUCACACGUGAGAUUGCGUAUCCAGGUGAAGAAAUUGACUGUGGGACGACUGGACUGGCGGUGGUACAUGGUGUCAGGUGGUGGUGGGGUCUUGUAGGGGUCUGCGGUGGACCGGUGGUGGUGGCUCGUCUCGUGCACGCUGGUGGCUGAGCUCACGGCUCACGUGCAAAAGCAUCUUUUUUAAUUGGCUUGAGUUUUUGGGUGCACUUUCUCUUCUUUUGAGGUUAGUAAAAGCCUCACCUACAA